AUUAUCCAACGAUUUGAACUUUCCUUCAAGUAGCUUUAGUUUCUUUAGUUACAUAAUGGAUUUGAAUCCUAAUAGUACUAUAAGAGAUUACAUACCUGGCAAUGGGUAUGAUGGGAACCUAAACGAUUCUUUUCUACAAAGUCCAAUGAACGUUCCUACAGCAGGUCAACAACAAAAUAGUAAUCAACACCGAUUUCAACAACUUCAACAAGCACAAUUUAGUCCCCCAUUAUCUUCGCAUCAGCAGUCACCUCCUCCGGGUCCACAGCAGUCGUUUAACGGGGGGCCUCAACAAAGAGUCAAUGGAGGUAUGAAUUCCCGUAAAAUGUCAGUCAACGUAAACUUAUCAAACCAACAGCAGACUCAGACCCCGUUACAUACUCCCAAACAGAGUCUUCCUCAAACCAGACCCGGCGAAUCGUAUGUGAGCGAUGUAUUCGCCAAAAAUUCUAAUGAAUUAUUACUUGCUCACUUAUAUAAUUACUUAAUUGAGAAUGGGCAUCAGGAAAGUGCCAAGUCGUUGUUACUGGAACUGAAGAACGUACCCCAGAAUAAAGAUGCCAAUAAAUUGAAGAAAAAACCUGACUUGUUGCCGGUUGAUAUGUCUUUGGAUAAUUCAAACAACUUUUUAUUAGAAUGGUGGUCUUUAAUGUGGAGUGUCCAAUCAAGUAUCAAUCCAAAAUUGAACCAGUUAUAUAACAAUCCUCAGCAAUUUCAAUACCAGCAGCAGCAGCAGCAGCAACAACAACAACAACAUCAAUUUGUGCAGCCUCAACAAAAGCCAUUCCGUCAACCACAACCGCCUUCAAACGUUGUUCCAAUGAUGCAGAAUGCCCAUUCAAAACCACCUCAUCUUGCACAACAACAACAACAACAACAACAACAACACCCACCUCAACCGCCUCAACCACUUCAACAGCCAGUAGCUCAGCAGCAACAACAACAGCCUAAAAAUCCAAACAUUGCCCAGUACCAACAACAAUUGAAGUUACAACAAAUGAUGGUCCAGUAUCAGCAACAACAAGCAUUGCAACAAAGACAGAAUAAAGGAGUUCUUUUGCAAUCGCCUUUAAUCCCGACUUCGCAGCAAGUUCAGCAGGUACAACAACAGUCAAGUCAAAUCAAUCAGUCCCCAGUGCCAUUCAAUCAGUCAAACAACUCUAAAUUCAAUAAUGAAGCCUUGAACGAUUAUCAAAUGAAUUUGCUUAUGAUGGAAAAUCAAAAUAACAUCCAGAAAAAACAGUUCAUGAUGAUGAAACAACAACAAGCUCAAUCACAGGCCCAACAACAAUUAGCAGCCCAAGCCCAGGCAGCAGCCCAAGCUCAAGCAGCAGCCCAAGCUCAAGCAGCAGCCCAAGCCCAGCAACAACAGGCACAUCAACAGGCGCAACAACAAGCGCAACAACAGGCACAACAACCACCACCAGUCGUCUCGCAAGCCAACUCGCUUAAUCUAAAUGAAACCAACAAGAAUGGUGUCCAACAGAGAAUGAUGCAACAACAAUUAUCGAUGCCAGCAUCAAACGGUGAUAUCAUUGAAGAUCAUGAUAACUUCGACAUUAUGAAAACAACUUCCCAUCACUCGCAAAAUUUUGAAGACGGGUUAUUAAUGAACGAUGGAAUUUUCAAUACCAAUACUAAUCUGGGCACAAAUAAUGAAAACAACGAUGAUUGGAAUAAAAUGUCCUUAUUACAUCUGGAAGAUUGGCUUAGUGGUAUUGGAAGUGGAUCUGCAUUCAACUAAAUUGUAAAAUAAAUGCAAAAAAAAAUUAUUAAAACU